CUGGAGGUAUUUCACGAAGGCAUGGCUUACACCCUGACCCUCCUGCCACAUGAGACACCACUUGUGAGUGGCUGGCAGCAUUCUAUGAUGUCACAGUCACCGAGAGGUACGCCCUCUGGGUAGUUAGGUGACAAGUGGCCAGUAGCCUGCUGACUACUGACCUGUACAGGUAUUGGUGGUGAAUGUAGGAGACGGAUAUAGUGUGAGAACAUAAUGAGUUCUCGACGAAGAUGCAAUAUGGAUGCUGCGAGGUCCCCAUGGGCCAGGGAGCGUGCGUCGAUAAUUAUGAAAUAUGAAAGGGGUCCUCAAAAAAUGCAUCAGGAAAUGUUCCAGGGACACGAGGAUGAAGAACAUGGUUGUCUCAAACCAGAUAAAUUUGGUUUUCUGUGUGAGAAACUUCCCAACAAUGACACCAUUGGGAAGAAGUAUAAAUUCCAGGCAUCCCGCAGAGUGCAGAAAUGGAUUAAAAUGCUUAAGAACUAUGACAAAUAUUGCAGCACCAAAAAGUUUCAUAGGAGAGUUUCCAAGGGUAUCCCUGCCGAGGUGCGUGGGGAGGCUUGGUCUAUGAUCCUGGAUAUACAAAAGAGGAAGACCCAGAACCCAGGGCGAUACGAGGUAUGCCAGGGCCCUGAGCCUGAGGUGGCCCACCUUCUCAGGCCUGGCCAGGAGCCAGCGGCUCUCAUGUGGUGGACAUUGAAGCCCAGGCUGAGUGGCCCUUCAGGUGGGCCUAGGGUUCCCUUCCCCUGGCCUUCCUCUCUGGAUCCUGCUUCAGUCUUCCUGCUCAUCUCCAUAGACUCCGCUGGGCCUGGCCACCUGCACAUCUGCUGGAGGCACAGCCCUCCUCCUUGUUGGGCCCCCACCCCCAGCUGCUUGGCCACAGGAAGGCCCAGAGCAGGUGCAGGGUCCCGGUGAAGAGACUGCUUGGAGUGAGAGCACGGUCACGUGUGCUAGGGGCCCUCAGCUGGUUCUGUCUGCACCCACAGGGGAGUGAGCUUCCUCAGGGAACUCUC